UAUAACAACUUAAUUUCUUGAGUAUUCUUGAAAGAAAAAAGAAAAAAAAAAGUUGUCUAUCACUCAUCAAUAAUGUCUUUUUUGAGAUUUAUUGUUCCAGUUUUCUUCUUGAUUUCAAGUUUCGUUGCAUCGAACGCUCAAUUAAGUGAAACAUUUUACGCUACUACUUGCCCUAAUGUUACCGAAAUUGUACGUGGUGUCAUGCAACAAGCUCAAAGUACCGAUGUUCGUGCUGGUGCUAAAAUUAUUCGUCUUCAUUUUCAUGAUUGCUUUGUUAAUGGUUGUGAUGGAUCUCUUUUGCUAGAUAAUGCAGCUGGGAUUGAAAGUGAAAAAGAUGCAGCUUCAAAUGUUGGUGCUGGAGGAUUUGAUAUUGUGGAUGAUAUUAAAACUGCAUUGGAAAACGUGUGUCCUGGCGUUGUUUCUUGUGCUGAUAUUUUAGCUCUUGCAUCUGAAAUCGGAGUUGCCUUGGUUGGAGGUCCAACAUGGCAAGUUCUUUUAGGGAGAAGAGAUAGCUUAACAGCAAAUAGAAGUGGAGUUGAUAGUGAUAUCCCAAGUCCAUUUGAAAGCCUUGAUGUUAUGAGACCACAAUUCACCAACAAGGGAAUGGAUAUAACUGAUCUCGUUGCUCUAUCAGGUGCACAUACAUUUGGAAGGGCAAGAUGUGGCACAUUUCAACAAAGACUUUUCAACUUUAGUGGAAGUGGGAGCCCUGAUCCAACAAUAAACUCAACUUAUUUGCCAACACUACAAGCAACUUGUCCACAAGGUGGAGACAAUGGAAAUACUUUUGAAAAUCUUGAUAAAACAACUCCAGAUAAUUUUGAUAAUGACUAUUACAUAAAUCUUCAAAAUCAAGAAGGUCUACUUCAAACUGAUCAAGAAUUAUUUUCGACAUCGGGAUCCGAUACAAUCGCGAUAGUGAAUCGUUACGCGAGUAGUCAGAGCCAAUUUUUCGAUGAUUUUGCUAGCUCGAUGAUUAAAUUGGGAAAUAUCGGUGUGUUAACGGGUACUAAUGGAGAGAUUAGGACUGAUUGUAAGAGGGUUAAUUAGUUAAUUAGGAGUGAUUUAUAAGUUAUAAUAUAUGCGUGAUAAAUUGUGUUUGUGUUUAUGUACGAAAAAGAGAGAUAUUAUAAUGUCUUGAUCAAGUGUAAUUUUGCUUUUGUUUAAAUGUAUUAUGUGCUAAAAUAGCAAUCCUAAAUAAAUAAGAAUGAUAUGUUGAAAAGCAA